ACUGGCAUAUGAAAAAAUGCGGUCAAAUUUAAUAGUAUUCCAUUAUGUUAGGAAAUGAGUUGCUGCACACUUAUAAAGCCGCGACGACCCAUGACCUUGUUUACAGUAGACCAAUCAGUUAAUCCAUGGCCGAAUUCCAAUUAAAGGGACAACGGAAGGAAAAUAACUUGUCCUCAACGGUGACCAAAUACAUGUACGCUUAUGUAAGUCAGUUUUUUUAUGUUGAUUCUACGUUAAUGACAGUCUCGUUUAUGAUGAUUGAUUGAAAUGAAGGACUUUGGCAUCACCAGAUCAAUAGACAAUAUAUAGACUUUCCAUCAGGUUGUGACUCAUCCGAAAUGUCUUAGUAGGCCAAAUCAGGACACAGUAUCUACAUGUAAUAGUUAACAAUACAAUCCGCGCCUGUGUGAACUGAUCAAUAAACAAUAGCAGAAAAUCCUUUACUGAGUUUUUGAAAAUAGGCCUUUGUUUCAGUAUGUGAAUGCCAUGUGAACUAUUCACGAUAAGCUUACAGUAUAUGCGUACAACCACCUGCUGAUGAUGAACUGUUCUGUCCGUGUGUGAUUCAUAGGAGCAUCCGGAUAGUGUGGCCCGGGAGUGCAAUUGCGUCUCGGCAAAGACAGGUGUGACAUAACUUUGCAAAGGACAACUGCAUGUCAAGAUUAAAACUUCAUGUUCAGUAAGAUGGCAGCCACAAACACAAGCGAUGAGCAUGGGUUGGUUGACGAUGACAAUGAGCUGGUGUCCGGGAUGGAUGAAUUAGACGGAUUGUUCGAUGAGGUCCCUGACCCCGAUACACACGACAAGAAAGGAACACUAGUCAAGGGCCUCCUGAACAUUUCCCUGAUCACCAGUAAUGUGUCCCAACUCAAGACACUUGUCUUCGCGACCGACCGAGGCAAAUACCUUGCCCUGUGGGUGUCUCUCGUCAUUAUGAUCAUCAUUUCCCUCAUACUACAGCUUGUAGUCGGAGGAAUGUGGUUCUAUAUUUACAAUGUGUCCAUCUUUGCCAAAACGGAGCCGAUGGAUAGUGCAAUGACGGGCAAUGCGGAUUACGUCAGAUAUUACAAGGAGGAAGUGAAAAAAAAGAGGGCGAGUAUUCACCAGGCGCUGCUUUUAUUGAACGCAACUGCCGUGAUCGUCAUGGUCAUAACAGUACUUAAUAUGAUUAUAUCAGCCAUGGGCUGGACGUAACAGCGUAAAGAUACGUUGAAGGACCGCGUGAAUCGGUGUAACAGUAAUAAGUGUCCCCCUGGGAAAAAUCACAAACUUUUCACUUACAAUUUUAAAAAAAUUCGCGGUAGUCUAUGGAGAUGUAGAUUGUAAAUGAAUAGUAUUGUCAAUAAAAUAUGUGAAUUAUGAAUCUGCUA